UUUAGUUUUGUAUGAAUUGUUACCUACUUUCUAUGUAUAUAAAUUCACUGUGACUUUUGUUAUUAAAAUAAUGCUAUGCUACUGUUAUAAUGGGUACUAGUUAAGAUAAUGGUCUGUGAUAUCAGUAGUCUAACUAAUACAGUGACUAAAAUAUAGUAUGCUGCCCUACGAUGCAAGCACAUGCCAUAAACCAUUUUUUUGUUUCCUGAAUCUGUAAGUCAUAUCUUAAAAUAGUUUAACAUUUUUGAAUGGUGCAUUUAUUGUGUAAAUUCAAUUGAAGGAAAGACUCAAAUAAUUUUGAUGGAAAUACAGGUUAAUUCAGAAAAUGGGACAUGUCAAUCAAAUGUGUUCUGUUGACUUGGCAUCUUAGGUAUGUUGUAAAACAACUUUUAGCUUUCUAUGCCUUUCCAUUCUCAAGCAACAUUUGAAUUAUGUUGGUUCGUUGUCCUUACUGUACUGUAUCAUAGAAAAGAGUACUAACAGAGUAGAACACUCUGACCAAAAACUCACAUUUGACCAAAAAAAGCAGAAUUUUUCAGGAAAUAUAAUUUUUUAAUGAAAUGUCCUCCUUAAAUCAGUGAGAUUAGGAUCUGUACUUAUCUAUUUGAUAAUUAUUAUAAGGUUUUUUUAUCCGAUAUUAUGCAUUUUACCACAAUCAAUGCAAAGUUUUAAAAAGUCCCAAAAAGUAAAACAUUCUUUUUGUACCCCCUUUUUCUCCGCUAUUUCGAUCUUAUGUUCUCGCUGCAACUCCCCAAUGGGUUUGGGAGGCAAAGGUCGAGUCAUGCGUCCUCCAAAACACCGCCUGGAGGCCAGAUGCACCAAUGUGUCAGAGGAAACACCGUUCAACUGACGACCAAGUGGGCUAUAAUCUUGGGAGAUGACGGAUGGACACAUUGGGAAGAUUGGAACCUGUGACCCUGCAGUCUAAAGACACCAUGGAGCAAGGCUUCAGCUUCAGCACACUGAAGAAGCUGGCAGCCGAGCCGGACCACACGGACGUGAGCCUGACGGCGGGAGAGCGCGUGCGGGCCCUCAGCAAGAUGGGCUGCAGCAUCGAGAUCAACGAAGAGAUCACGCCACGCCGCUACUUCCGGUCCGGGGUGGAGAUGGAGCGCAUGGCCGCCGUGUACCUGGAGGAGGGCAGCCUGGAGAAUGCCUACAUCCUCUACAACAAGUUCAUCACUCUGUUUGUCGAGAAACUCCCCAGCCAUCGAGACUACCAGCAGUGCAGUGUGCCUGAGAAACAGGUGAUAAUAAAGAAGUUGCAAGAUGUCGCAUUUCCGCGGAAAGAUCAAUUGAAGAAGCUCCUCCACGAGAAGUACAACAAGGAACAAACAGAGUAUCUCAAAAGUCAGAGCCAGGCGGUGGUGGCGGAUUGCUGCGGCCAGCAGCUGCAGAAGAUGUCUCUGGUUGAGCAGGAGAGGCAGAGGGUGGCGCAGCUGCGCAGGAUGCAGAUGGAGUCGGAGCAAUUCCGCUACUUCGAGGACCAACUGCGCAGACAGGAGCUGGCCAAUCGCAGAGACGAGGCGGUCGCUAAAGUGCCUGAACAAACAGACGGGGCCUGCCUGUCCCACUCCUCCAAGAACCAUGUUCGUCUCGACCCAAACCGUAAUAAACAGUUUCUCCCCAGCAGCAAGCCAGCAGCUACACUGGCUGGCGUACAUAAUCAACGGGUUGAGGGCCUGAGGCGGGUGGUCAUUCCUAGAGACCUGACCUACAGGUUUCUACUGCUAGCCGACAGUAACACAGCCAGGGGAAUAGAGACAUGUGGGGUACUCUGUGGAAAACUGACUCAAAACGAGUUCAUGUUGACCCAUGUGGUGGUGCCCAAACAGUCAGCCGGCCCAGACUACUGUGAUAUGGAGAACGUGGAGGAGCUCUUUAGUUUCCAGGACCACCACAACCUACUGACUCUUGGCUGGAUCCAUACCCACCCCACCCAGACGGCCUUCCUGUCCAGUGUUGACCUGCAUACACACGGCUCCUACCAGCUCAUGCUGCCUGAAGCCAUCGCCAUCGUCUGCUCGCCCAAACACAACGAUACGGGGGUGUUCAGACUCACCAGCUCUGGGAUGGGGGAGGUCGCUGGCUGCAGACUGAAGGGCUUUCACCCACACUCCAAGGACCCGCCGCUCUUCAGCAUCUGUAGGCAUGUUGUUAUAAAGGACUCGAAAACAACAGUGCUGGACCUCCGGUGACAGCGAGGGGAAGACAAGACACCCACAACCCUCACCAUCACAAACUGGAACUCCUAUUUAUUUUUUAAUUUAACCUUUAUUUAACUAGGCAAGUCAGUUAAAGAACAUAUUCUUAUUGACAAUGACGGGCCUACAGUGGGUUAACUGCCUUAUUCAGGGACAGAACGACAGAGUUUUACAUUGUCAGCUCGGGGAUUCGAUCUAGCAACCUUUUGGUUACUGGCCCAACUCUCUAACCACUAGGCUACCUGCCGCCCCAUUUAUACCGUUGUUUACAAUGAAGGCUUUUGUAUUUAUUUAUUUUUUUGAAAUGAGGUACUGUGAAUUGAAACUGCUUUGCAACACAAUGAUGUGAGCUAUGGAAUUGUUCUAAUGGUGUUGUUUUAUCAACUCUUUAUUCACUUUAAGUAUGGGAUUGUUUUUGGUUGGGGGCUUUUUGAUAGCUUGGCUUGACAAUUUUGGCAGAGGGGAGUUUUUGAUGCAGAUAGUCUUUCUGCUUGUCAGAUUUGAUGUGAAAUUCGAGAGAGAGAGAGAACUCUUUUAGCACGCAGGCUUACUGUAAAUGGCCUUAGGUGUUUCAGUGUGAGAACAACUGGCUGAGAAUAAAGUGUGUGUGUGAGCAGGUGCGUGUGUUAUAUGAAUGAUUACAUGAGUGAUAUUCUCCCGUGAGGGUAUCCUUACCCUUCACUUUCUUGGUACAGGAUACAACAGACGAGACAUGAGAGACACAAUGAUACAGUAUUUACACAAUUGAUUACAUAUGCAGAGAUUCAACAAAUGAACAAACAUUUUUUUUUAAAGAUCAUAUAAAAUGGACUGAUUGAAUUGGGAUGGCUCUAUGUGGCUUAGGACGUUUCAUGUUGUCUUUUUAGUCUUUGUUAUAAUAGAUUACAUUUGGCCAGUUGGAUUUUAGCCUUGACAUUUUUUGCAUUAUUUGUGAGCCUUGGAUUUAUCUUGGAAGUGUUGACCUAAAAGAAAACCGUAACUCAGUUCUUAUUUGAAGUAGCCCAUCGAGGUGGAAUGUCUUGUGCGGGGAGGAACAAACCGAAGUGCUCAAAGAAUGAGUGACUUCAGAAAGUAUUCAUACCCCUUGACAUCUUCAAAAUGUUGUUGCUACAGCCUGAAUUCAAAAUGGAUUAAAUAGAUGUUUGUGUCACCCAUCUAUAAACAAGACCCCAUAAUGACAAAGUGAAAACGUAUAUUUGUUUGCGAGGGUAUUGAAUAUGAAAUAUAGAAAUAUCUCAUUUACAUAAGUAUUCACAGCCCCGAGUCAAUACUUUGUAUCGCGAUUUGUAUCGCGAGAUGAGUUGUCUUGGGUAUGUCUGUAUCAGCUUUGCACAUCUAGAUUCGGGGAUUUUCUCCCAUUCUUCCUUGCAGAUUCUCUCCAGCUCUGUUAAAUUUGUUUUGGAGCGGCAUUGAAAAGCAAUCUUCAAGUCUUUCCACGGAUUUUCAAUGGGCUUCAAGUCUCGGCUUUGGCUGGGCCACUCAAGGACUUUCGCAUUUUGGUUCUGAAGCCAUUCAAACGUUGCUUUGGCUGUAUGCUUGGUGUCAUUGUCCUGUUGGAACAUACAUCUUCACACCAGUCAGGUAGUUUGCACUCUGAAGCAAGUUUUCAUCAAAGAUUUUCCUGUAUUUGGCUUCAUUUGUUCCCUCCAUCCUUACCAGUCUCCCAGUCCAUGCCGCUGAAAAGCACCCCUAUAGCAUGAUGCUGCCACCACCAUGCUUCACGGUAGGGAUGGUGUUAGACGGGUGAUGAGCUGUGCCUGGUUUUCUCCAGACAUAGCGCUUUGCAUUCAGGCCAAGUUUGUCUCAUUAGACCACAAAAUGUUUUGCCUUGCGCUCUGAGUUGUUCACGUGCCUUUUUGAAAACUCCAAGGGGCCUCAUAACUGGCUUGUAAAUUUUACACAGAAUAUCUGCAUGCACCAUUUCUGAAAAGGGCGCACACACACAAAAAUAUUUAGAUGUAUAAACUUGGUGCAUCCCAUGUAUACACGCAUGUUUCCCGUUUAUAAAUCAGACCUGAAGUAAAGCUGUGCACAUGAAGGAACAUUAUAACUCUGAAAAACACCAAUCAAUGUGUACUUUGGAAAUAUUGGAAUUUUGCCCAUGCUACAGAAGGCUAUAUUGGUCUGCUAAUACACCACUAGUGAACACGUAGUGCACUAGGUUUGUGGGGGGGGGGAAUGUUUUAUUUUUCAUACUAUAGGCCACUACUUAUAGUGGUAGCCUAUACACUUCAAUGCAAAAUAUCAACUGUCUGUUCACCUGUUGAAUUCUAUUGUAUGUUAUAAAGCGCGCUCACUUUCGGAAAUUAAAGCAUAUCUAAUACUGGUGGUAAGCCUAAUUAAAUGAGAGCUGCGCAUGGUAAUCUGUUGUAUGGCUACUUCGGGAAUAUGAAUUCAUCUUGGCCAGAAAAUCUGAGGAAUUUCCACUGCAAUGGUUAUGAUAUAUUUUUUUUUUGUUUAUACAUUUAAAUAUUGUCUACUUGAGGAAUUUGACAUUAAUGCAGUCAACGUUUUUAGAAUACAAAUUCAACAAAUAGAUUUUCUCACUAACGGCUAGUGAUAGCAUCUGGUAAUUAUAUAUUUAGCUACCCGAUUUAGUUGUUGUUAAGACGGUCACAUUUUCCUGCACAAGGCUAGUCUACUUUUGACUUCUUGCCAUGCAAUACCUCAACCACUAGAAACUGCAUACACAUGGUCUAAAGUUUGCGAGAGAAUAAGCACAUUCCCACCAAGUUUUUUUUUAUUAAAAAAUUGCCAACUUUAGUGUGAAAUGGGAAUUUUGGGGAAUUUUUGUGCAUAUAAAGUUUAUAAAUGAAGCCC